AUGGCGGGAGAUAAUGUCUUCGCCGUUCCCGUAUUUCUCGUCGUCUUUCGAGAAAGUCUCGAAACGGUAAUUAUCGUUUCCGUCUUGUUAGCUUUUCUAAAGCAAACUCUCGAUGGCCCCAACCGAGACACAAACGUAUACAAAGCGCUCGUCAAGCAGGUAUGGCUUGGCGUCGGCUUCGGAUUCUUUCUUUGUCUUGUUGUAGCUGGCGGCUUGAUCGGCGCCUUCUACACUCUAGGCAAGGAUAAUUGGGUAACCAAUGAAUACAAUUAUGAAGGAGCAUUUGCGCUUAUCGCUUCUGUUAUUAUCAGUAUCGUGGGCGCAGCUCUCCUUCGAGUUGGAAAAAUGCAGGAGAAGUGGCGCGUUAAGCUAGCCAAAGCUGUCGAAGCCCCCUUAUUAACUAAUGGUAACCGCAAUGGUUGGCUAAAGCGCUUCGCCGAGAAAUAUGCUAUGUUUGUCCUUCCAUUCAUUACUGUCUUGAGAGAAGGCAUUGAGGCUAUUGUCUUUGUUGCUGGAGUUUCAUUCUCCGCGCCAGCAACUGCCGUCCCUCUUCCUGUAGUAGUUGGACUAGCCGCCGGAUUCAUCGUGGGAUACAUACUAUACAAAGGAGGAGCUGGAGCAAAAUUGCAAUACUUCCUGAUUGCUUCCACAUGCCUACUAUAUCUAGUAGGCGCCGGCCUUUUCUCUCGUGCUGUCUGGUAUUUUGAAAACCAGAAGUGGAACAACAUAAUUGGUGGAGAUGCUGCCGAGCUAGGAACUGGUCCAGGAUCUUAUGAUAUCGACAAGAGUGUUUGGCACGUAAACUGCUGCAGCCCAGAAUUUAAUGGCGGCGAAGGAGGUUGGGGAAUAUUCAACGCCAUCCUCGGAUGGACGAAUUCGGCAACAUAUGGCUCAGUCAUCUCAUAUAACAUGUACUGGAUCGCUAUCAUGGUCGCUUUCGCCGCCAUGAGAUAUAAGGAAGUCAAGGGACACUGGCCUUUCUUGAAAGCAAAGGCAGGCUCUGCGGAGCCAGUCGAGAAACCCAGCGAACCUACCCAGGUGAGAAGCAUGCCCGAUAGGGAAAUUGCUUAG